CAUGGCAGGCGCACAACUGGUCCGGUAAGGAAACAGAAUGGGGAGCAUGGAAGGCAGUGGAUGGACAAUAUUAUAACCGUGCUGCAGGUGGAAACCAGUGUACGAUAUCAGCAGAUGGACAACAGAUAGCCGAAUGGAGGGUAGAUCUUCGGAGAAUUGUCAGCAUUAGUUAUAUCGACAUCUGUUACAGGACUGAUAAUGUUCGUAGCCCUGGUGCAUUCUAUCAGCGUUUUGCCGGGUUUUUCGUCUACAUUUCAAACGAUACCUCGAAGGACAACGGUGUUCUAUGUUUUCAUGAAAAACAAAAUAUCAGUGGUUCACCCAUAGAGAAUCAGACCUUGAGCUGUCCAUUUGACGGACGUUAUGUGAUAUACUACAACGAGAGGAGAGCGGGCGUACACUAUCCAGAAUAUUACUCCACAUUUGCUUCGAAUGACUUAUGUGAAUUUGAAGUUUAUGGAUGUCCUAAUUCUACACACUACGGAAAGUAUUGUGACCAAAUGUGUUCGGACAGUUGUCUUGGACAGAGGUGUAAUUUCUUAACAGGGAACUGUCUCAUGGGAUGUUCAAGGGGACAUAAGGGACCUCAAUGUAGACAAAAAUGUGACGGUGGAAUGUUUGGAGGAUCCUGCAGUCAGAAAUGUGGUCAUUGUUAUGGUAAAACACAGUGUCAUCAUAUCAACGGUUCAUGUCUAGGAGGGUGUUCUGCCGGAUAUAUUGGAUCUCUUUGCAACAAACAAUGUGUGGUUGGGACAUACGGAUUGAAAUGUAACAAAACUUGUGGACUCUGUUCUGAUGGAUCAAAAUGUCACCAUGUGAAUGGUUCAUGCGUAAAUGGAUGUUCUUCAGGAUAUAAAAUUCCUCUCUGUAUCACAGAAUGUGACCAUGGAUUUUUUGGCGACGCCUGUAGGGAGGCUUGCGGUCAUUGUUUUAGUAACGCACCGUGUCAUCAUAUCAGUGGUUCCUGUUUACAUGGAUGUUCUGCCGGAUACCAGGGUCCUCUUUGUAAGAAAAAAUGUGACGGAGGAAAGUAUGGAUUGAAGUGUAACAAAACUUGUGGACCCUGUUCUGAUGGAUCACAAUGUCACCAUGUUAACGGAUCAUGUUUGAAUGGAUGUUCUCCGGGAUAUAAAAGUCCCCUCUGUAUCAUAGAAUGUGACAAUGGAUUUUUUGGCGACGCCUGUAGGCAGACUUGCGGCCAGUGUCUUGGGAACCCACCGUGUCAUCAUAUCAAUGGUUCCUGUCCACAAGGAUGUUCUGCCGGAUACCAGGGUCCUCUUUGUAAGAAAAAAUGUAAUGGUGGAAUGUAUGGUGUAAACUGCAGUCAGACCUGUGGAAACUGUCUUAAUGAUUCACAGUGUCACCAUGUUAAUGGUACCUGUUUACAAGGGUGUUCAACUGGAUACAAAGGAUUGCUUUGUACACAGCGUAAGAAACCUUCUUUCAUCAUUCUUUAA